AUGACGAGAUCCUUCCAGUGGAACAAGUGCUUCUUCACGAGCUCCCACUGCCCUUUAUCCGGACAUAGCUCCGUUUGCUGGCCAUCGGAUUCUUCCUUAUUGGUAAGCACAGAUGAUUCAAUUGCUGUUGGGGCUCUAGUUGAGGCUGUCGUGGAUGCUGGAGAAAGUGUGGAGCAGCUGAAACGCCAUGAACUCCUUGCGGCACCCGGGCAUUCCACCAGCGGCAGCAGCACCAACAACAGGAGGCGAAAGCAUUGCAAAAGGGAUCGAGUUAAAGUCUUAUUAAUUGCAGUGGAUCUAGCAAAGCUUAUGUUUCUUCUGCUACUGUUUCCUCCUUUAUUUCAAAGUGAGGAUUUCAUAUCCCACCGUUUGGCGCUCAUUGAGCAGCAAUUAACAGUGGUAGAACAGCAAGUGCAAGAGCUGUUGAAGCAGUCACCGCCACUGAUGCCGCCCCCGCAGCAGCAACCAUCGCUGCCGCCGCCUCCUCCGUCCCCGGCCCCACCACUGUCAAUGCCACCACUACCGAUGCCACCCUUGCAGCAGCAGCUGUCGCAGCCGCCUCCUCCGCCCCCGGCCCCGCCGCUGUCACCGCUGCCACCCUGGUAG